AUGGAGCAAAGCAUUAACGAACUUGAAACUUUGUUAGGGAGUCUUAAGAAAAAUAUUUCAGAACUACUACCUUCUUUUGAGGAGACUGUGGAGCAACAAGCUGAAAAGUUGGCAAGUAAACAGAAGAAAGAACUACGAAGGCAAUUCAAGAUUGAACAAGAAAACGCCAAAAGUGAAUGCAGGAGGAUAAGGCAUGAUACAGAAGAGCGUGUGAAAGAAAUCGGUAGGAUAAUGAAGAAAUUCGCCCUAGAGUUUAGGCGUGACCACACCUCUCGGCUAAAAGCCAUUGCUCACAGGCAGAUAACGGAAAACAAAGAUGGGAUUGAAAAUGCUAUAACAGUUGCUACAAGUCAAGAAGGUGAAUCAGGCUCUUUAGGGGAAUUCCAAAGAAGUGGCAUGCCCGAAAACCCGCCGAGCAUCCCAGAUCUCCCACGGUGUGCGACUUGUGCGAAAGAAAGUGUGUGGUUGUAUAUUUGCGAAGCAUGUCGAAUUACACGAUACUGCGACGAAAAAUGCCAGGAAAAGGACUGGAUUAAUCACGAGAGUAGUUGCGUCGGACUAAGACAUAUCUAG